UCGCUAGAUGGUGCUGUUUUUGACGUUUAAUUUUGAGGUUUUGUUGUGGUGUUUCAACUGGGAUGUAAAGAUAAUAUAUCACAACUAGUUUAAAUGUUAACGUUACCGGGCGUAACGUAAAAUCGUGUACAAUGGGUAAAAUAUCUUGGUCGGAAUUAUUUCCGACGAAUGUCAGUUUCGUAAUAUUCGCCUCCUAUAUCUUGCUGUUUUCCAUUCAAGGGGUUAUAGUAACCUCUUCGCAAAGUGGUAAUAAAUACAAUUACGACGUUACAACCGUUGUACUUUUAACGGAAUUCGUAAAGUUAAUUGCUUCAUCAAUUUUGUAUUGUAAAGAUAAUAAUAUUCGCUCUCUUUUCCUCGAAGUAUGUGAACAUUGGAAAUUAUUGGCUUUGUAUCUUAUCCCAGCGUUUUUAUAUUCACUUUAUAAUAAUUUAGCUUUCCAUAAUUUAACUCAAUUUGAUCCAACCACUUAUAACAUUCUACUCCAAUUUAGGGUUGUUAUUACAGCGAUUUUAUUCCAAAUAAUUUUUCGGAAAAAGCUGAGUAAAAAGCAGUGGUUAUCUUUACUUCUUUUAACUUUAGGUUGUAUUAUUAAACAAAUUAGUUUUGGUGCUGAUUAUCUUAACGAUAGCGGCCUUAAGACGGCGACAAAUUCAUCAUCGAUUUUCACCACCUUUGCGAUUUCGAGUUUAUUAUUUAUUUUCAUACAAAUCCUUUGUUCUUGUUUUGCUGGGGUUUACAACGAACAUUUAUUAAAAUCCGCGGGAGCCGAUGUAAACAUUUUUAUACAGAACGUUUUUAUGUAUUUAGAUUCUAUUUUGUGUAACGCCGGGAUUCUAUUGGUGCAAGGAAAGUUUUUAGCGGCGAUAAGUUCCCAUAAUUUAGAACAAACCCUUAAUUUAGGAGUGAUUUUGGUGGUUGCGAACAACGCAACCGUUGGAAUUAUAACAAGUUUUUUCCUAAAAACUUUAAAUUCGAUCUUAAAAGUGUUCGCAAGUUCUUUGGAGUUAGUAUUAGUGGCAAUUUUUACGUUCGUUUUUUUAAACGUGCCAAUUUAUUUAAAUACGGUUAUCUCGAUUAUAACUAUUUUAAUUGCGGUUUAUUUGUAUUCUCAAAACCCGGUGAGUAAUGCACCGGUUAAUAAGCGGGUUACUAAGCAUGAUGAUGAAGAUAAGUUAUUGGAGGUGUAAUUUAUUUUUUUUAUUAGCCAAAUUAAUUUAAGUACUUAUUAGAAGUAUUUUUUUAUGUAGAUAAAUAUGUGAUAUUGUUUUUGAGUAUUUACAAGAAGUAUUUGACUUUAUCUGUAUCUACACAACGUUAAUUAAGUUACAACAAUAAACUUUUUGUUGUUUUA